AUGGAGGACUUUAAUGAGAUCAUAUCUCAAGAUGAAAAAGCUGGUGCUACUCUCAAACCAUAUAGACAAAUGGAAAUUUUUAGGGAAGCUCUAGAGGACUGUGGAUUAAGUGAUCUGGGCUUUGAGGACUCAAAAUAUACAUGGUGUAAUGGCAGAGAAGUCCAAUGUUCUAACCAUAACCCCUUGCUGAUCUCUUUUGCCAUCCUCUCCAUGCUUGCAAACCCAAAAAGAGAGUAUUCAGAUAUGAGGCUAACUGGUCAAGGUAGGGAGAAUGUUCUCACAUCAUUAAGCAAGCUUAGACCUGUUAUUGCUGAGAAGAGGGAGAAGAUUAAGGAGCUGCAAAGGUUGAAUCAAGGGGAACUCUCAGAGUCAAUUAAAGAGGUGCAAAAGGAUGUAGAUAAUUUUCUUGAAGCUGAGGAUCUCAAAUGGUGCCAAAGAGCAAAGCAAAGGUGGUUUAAAGAUGGAGACAGAAACACCCAAUUCAUUCACUCCUAUGCAAACCAAAGAAAGAAGUCCAAUUCCAUCCUUAGUAUCUCUAAUGAGGAUGGUGUGCAUGCAACACAACCAAAGGAAGUCAGUGACCUUUUUCAAGCUUUCUACAUGGACGUCUUCACCACCUCACAGCCUCAAGGGAUCAAAGAUAGCAUAGCUCACCUGGGGAAAACUGUGACUGCUGAGAUGAACUCUCAACUGCUUAAUGAGUUCACCUCUAAAGAGAUCUAA